UCAGCUUGGGGAGGAAAUGUAGAGAAACCUCCGUGAGUAAAAUGCGCGCGAAGUGACGCGACACGCGCCGCUCCACAAGUGCCCUGACUAUCUUCCACGAACAGCGCGAGAAGCAGGGCACGAAACCGACUCGCCCUUUUGAGGGGACAAACAUGACUGUGGUGCCCGGGGAGAACCUCGAAGAGACUGUGGCAUUGGCAGCCCUGUCCCAAGAUGUUUACGACCCUGAACGGGCAGACCAGGAGUGCUGCGAGCGGGUGGUUAUCAACAUCUCCGGCUUGCGCUUCGAAACCCAACUAAAAACACUGGCGCAGUUCCCCGCCACCUUACUCGGUGACCCCAGGAAAAGAAUGCGCUUCUUCGACCCUCUGAGGAACGAGUACUUCUUCGACAGGAACCGACCGAGCUUUGAUGCCAUCCUCUACUACUAUCAGUCUGGAGGCAGGCUGAGGAGACCCGUCAAUGUUCCCGUGGACAUCUUUAUGGAGGAGAUCAAAUUCUACGAGUUAGGAGAAGAAGUCAUUGAGAAUUUUAGGGAGGACGAGGGGUUCAUCAAGGAGGAAGAGCGACCUUUGCCCGAAAACGAGUUUCAGAGACAGGUCUGGCUUCUGUUCGAGUACCCCGAGAGCUCUGGACCCGCGAGGGGCAUCGCAAUCGUCUCGGUGCUCGUCAUUUUGAUAUCAAUUGUCAUAUUUUGCUUGGAGACUUUACCAGAGUUUAGGGAAGACGGGAAAAUGGUCGAGGAGCACCUCGCACUCAAUGGAACUGCUAGUUCAAAGAAGCCAAAUCCAUUCACAGACCCCUUCUUUAUUGUGGAGACCCUUUGUAUAAUCUGGUUCUCUUUUGAAUUGCUCGUGAGGUUCCUCGCGUGCCCAAGCAAGCCCGCCUUCUUCAAGAAUAUCAUGAACACAAUCGACAUCGUGGCUAUUAUCCCCUACUUCAUCACCUUGGGUCUGGAGUUGGCCGAGCAUCAGGGUAACGGCCAGCAGGCGAUGUCUCUGGCCAUCCUGAGGGUCAUUCGCUUGGUUCGGGUGUUCCGCAUAUUCAAGCUUUCCAGACACUCGAAGGGGCUUCAGAUCUUGGGCAAGACCCUGCAAGCGAGCAUGCGAGAGCUGGGUCUCCUCAUAUUCUUCCUUUUCAUUGGAGUUAUUCUGUUCUCCAGCGCCGUGUAUUUCGCCGAGACGGACGACCCCGACUCGGGGUUCAGCAGCAUCCCCGAUGCCUUCUGGUGGGCAGUGGUUUCCAUGACAACUGUUGGCUACGGGGACAUGUGCCCAGUCACCAUCGGUGGCAAAAUAGUGGGCUCUUUAUGUGCCAUCGCCGGUGUGCUCACCAUUGCGCUUCCAGUGCCCGUCAUCGUGUCCAAUUUCAAUUACUUCUACCACAGGGAGACCGAGCACGAGGAGCAGAUGGAGUACACGCAUGUGACGUGUGGCCAGCAGCAGCCCUCGUUUGGUGAAUUUAAAAGGAGUGACAGCAAAGCGUCCCUUUCUAAAUCAGACUAUUUGGAUUCAGAGGAUGGAGAUUCAAUCAAGUACACCAACUGCAGCCCCCAUAAAGCAUACACAGGGAAGCUUACUGAUGUAUGAAUGUAGAACGCCGACCAUUAUAAACCCAAAGAAGCGCACCUCUCUCUGUACAGUCAUGAAACUGGACUUCCUGUCCUUCAGAUCUGCAUACAGUAUACAUGCAGCACAAUAUCGUCAAGGACGGUAUGAACCUUCACCAGAGCAGCACUACAUGGAAUAAAACAAACUUCAUUUAAACCACAUUCACUUGUUGCUAUCAAAGGAAUUACGCACAGUGUCUCAAAAGGAAUCAUAUUGUCAAAUGUGGAAUCUAACCAUGAGGAAAUAGGACAAUGUGGUGAAGAUGAAGAAGAUGAGGUAGAAACUAUUUACUUGAAAUCACAAAGUACAUGCACAAACAAUUUGUGGGAUGCAUCUUGAUGUUUAUGUGCCCUUAAAACAACAACAUGCUACUGGGACAGGUGUGUGUGACUAUGUCCACGUGAAUAUUUGUCUUCAGACCAGCAGUAUGUCACAUUUAAACAUUACAGAUCAUGUGCUAUACCAAAACAUAUUAUGGCAUGCAUGGAAAGUUGGGAAAGGAAUAAAUCUUGAUUAUUAUGUUAAUUUAAGUUUUUUUGUUUGUUUUGUUUUUCAACAAACUCAGUAGUCAUUUUAAGUGGGAACAACUAUCAAUGACAACAAACUACUUGACUGUUGAGGUUAACAUUGUUAAAUAUCUAUUUUUUUAAAGUAUCAUAGCUUUUAUAUAAAAACGGAAUCGGUUAAACUGGUGAAAGGUUAUUUUUCUAGCUUUUUAAAAUUUUGCUAAAUCAUUUUACAUUAUCUUUCUUUUUUGUUUCAAGGAAAUGUGUAUACAUGUAGAAAUUCUGUCAUGAUUUCCUCCUGUAAUACUUUAUGCAGUACAAAUACUGAAACGCAAAGGUUGCUGCAAGUUUGUGUCUUUAUUUCUUUUAUGAUUAUUGAUAAAGUUUCAUAAUCACUCAUCAGUGAAAGCAUCUACCUCAAUGUCCUGAUUGGCUGUUUUACUGUGUGUUUACCUCACUGUGUUGAGUUAUGUCAAACUGUUCACAAGCCUUAUUUAUGGAAACAGCUUAAGCAUACAGCAUGUUAUGUUUCCCCACAUCAUUGUUGGAUGUGUGUUGUCCUGACUUUGUCCAUUGUGGUUUUGGGCAAUCAUUCAAUCCAAAAAGUCAUUACAAUAAUGUAAACCUGGCAAGUAAAAACUCAUUCCAACAUUCCCCACUAUGGGUACCCGGUAGGUGCCAUGGCCGGUUCACUUAGUUUUGUAGUGGGAACGUGAUACUAACUCGUGGGAAUGCGAUAAUAUGUCGUGGCCACAAGGUAUUAAUUUAUGGGAACGCCAUAUUAACUCAUGGGUAACAACAUCUUUAUGUCGCGGCCUCGAGAUGCUAUGUUGAGGGAACAACAUCCAUUUCUCAAAGACUUCUUAAUUGAGGGAUCGACAUAUUUUUUGCGUGGCAGCGAGUUUAUUAUUAUCAGAGAUUAUCAGAGAUGGAUUAAUUAAUAUUUUAUUUUGAAUAAAGAAAUUAUAUAACUUAUUAUAGAAAUCAUUACAUUAUUAAAUUAUCAUAUUAACCAUUGGCCUUGGCUACUGGGGCUGUAUUACAUGUGAUAGUCAGUAUUCAAAUUAAGUUUAUCAUAAAUAAAUGUUACAUAAAGUGCAUAUU